CGUUCCUCUGUUUAUGUGUGCCAUAGAGCCUCUAGUUGCCAGCGAGUCAUGGCCAUCGUUCCUUGUAAACAUGACGCUUCUUGCUCCUAAACAGUCGAAGCGAGCGAGUUUUACUGUUUAGUUGUGACGGUGCAUAUCUAAUUUGCUGAGUGUUCAGUUUCUGACGACUUUUGAUGUUGUCAAAGGACGCUCUGAAAACUUGAAAAUGGAGGCAAUACCAGCGUUGCGUCCUCCAUCGGGGCUGCUUGACAUGCUAGCUGAGGUAGCAUCUCAAACCCUGCACAGUGAUCCCACUGUUAAGACCUCACCAGCAAAGAAAAAAGCCAUAGAGAGGGCUGUUCGAGAACCGAGGGAAAAGCCAGAAGCUAAAGAAGCACCCCGCCGGAAAGUUGCAAAGUUGUCUGUGCUGCAAAAAGCAGAAAUUGACACAUUAACAUCUGCAAAGCUGCGCUCUAUGUCUGUGUCCCAGCAACUGAGACUUUGUUCAAGGCUUGAUGGCGAUGAAAUGCGACGCACUUUCACCUAUACCUGCCUUUUGGAACCAGAACUGUGCGGUCAAACCUUUUCAAGCUUUGGUAGUGAGGGCCGGGCCAGGCAAAUGAUGCGCACUCAUCUUUUGGAACACCUGAAAAAUCAUGGCCCUGAUGAACCUAUUCAUGUGAGCCGGAGGCGACGAACCACCAAAGUCCAAAACGUCAAAAAGAAACCCAACCCGAAAGUGAAGGUGGAACCUGUUAAAGCAUCACGUCUCCGCUACUCAGAACUGUAUGAUGAAGUAAAUAAUCUACCUGUCAACAAUAAGGAGAACAAAGUUGAAGGCCCAGGAGAGUGGCGAACUGGCAGCGAAAAAUCCCAGCAGAAACUUCAAAGCCUAAACUUGGUCAAAAUUGUUGAUAUUCCGACACCUGCUCAAGCCCAGCCAGCGCAUCAAAUUCAGACUAUUUUACCAGUUCAGCAGGGAUCAGUUGACUCAGAUGAAGAUACGGUGUCCUGUUGCAGCACUGGCAGUCGCUAUGGUGACCUUCCCCCUCCUGGAAGUCCAUCUAGAGGAGAACGUCCGGCUGCUGUUGAUGAUGACUCUAAGGAACAAGAAGGAGAUGGUGACAAAAGUAUCUACACUGAACACAGCUAUACAUCCCGUGGUACAGAGGCCUCUAAUGGUAGCAUCAUCAACAGUGUCUACAACAGUGAUGUUUCCCGCAUUUUCAUCAAGACUGAGCCCGGCUUGGAGUCUCCUUUGGAUUCACCAGAUGUAUUUGUUGAAACCCUGAACAAGCGAAUCUCAUCAGUGGGCCGGGAAAUAGAUGUUCGGACUGAGCCUCCAGUCAAGACCAUCAAAUCAGCUGCCAAUAUUAAGGACAUCCUAAAAUCUAUAAUGUUAGAGCUAACAGAAGAUCUUCCUGUGUUGUGUGACAACCGCCGAGAACCAAUCAACCAUGAACUGAAUGGAAGAGAUACCAGAGAACUUACAUGGGAAACAACUGCUGUGGAAAGAGACGAAUUUCAUCAGCAUAAGAAGCCGAAGGGGAAAGCCAAAUUCAUUGGUCAAUCGAAAGCUGAAAAGGAAAUGGCAAUACGCCUCAUUAAUGCCAUCAAGACUAAGGGCAGUGCAGCUGGCCUUCAAUCACUGGACACCCUGGAGUGCCGCAUUUGCCGGCCUCCCCGAUGCUUUACAGCUCCCACUACUCUGAUGAGCCACUAUCGCAGUCAUGCUGGUAUCAAGCCAUAUGAGUGCCGCAUUUGCAGAGCUGCAUUUACCCGUCAACAUUCUUUGAAUUACCACAUGCUCAUUCAUUCAAAUCAGACCCGCUUUACUUGUCAUGACUGCGGACGCAAAUUUAGGCACCCUUCUCAUUUCAAGGAGCACCGGCGUCGGCACACUGGGGAAUCCCCUUUUGAAUGUUCUGACUGCUUGCUAAGGUUUAAAACUCGUAACACCUACAAGCGCCAUUUGAAAACAAGACAUGGCAAAGUUCUGACUACAUCUGGAGGAUUAAUCAUUCUCUCAGAAGAGGAAUUUAAGCGUGUUCGCACCAUGCCACGUUCUCCUCUCUCUCAUCAAUCCUCUCGCAGUGGAAGUUUGCCUGGCAAAGUGGCCGCUGAUGCUGAAUCAGAUGAAGAAGAGGAAGAAGAAGAUGACUAUUCAUCAAGUGGGGCUGAGGACUUGUCUGACAAGUUGGAAACACGAAUGUCUAUUGGGCAUAACGAAGUAGUUGAAGAAAUUGAAUUGACCCUUGAAAAUUGUGUUCAAGAAGAUGUAUCAGAAUCUGUUGUCACUGAAGAGACUAACGACAGUGCUCUGAAUUUGAAUGACAUUGUGAGAGAGGCAAUUCGCCAGAGUGACAUUUCUUUUGCUGACAAUGAAAGAAAAGCAAACUCUGAUAGCAGUGGAUCUCCAGCUCCUGUAGACUGGAGCACUGAAGAAGUUUCACAACUAGAAGAGACAAAUGAAGGUUCUUAUGCAACUGCUGUUGUUCAAAUCGCCAACACUAAACCUGCUUCCAAAGUUCAAGUGUUGCCUGUAGGUGUUAAGCGUAAUGCUUCACCCGCUGAAGCUUUGCGGAAUGUUCCAACAAAGGCACAGAAGAAAAGUCAAGAAUCUGUUGCGGGCAAUACGGACAAUUUGGCAACAAUUUUGUCUGGUCAGACCAGUAAUGCUGCUAUUCCACAAUCUUUAGCUCUGCUACAGUCUCGUUAUCUAGUAGGCAAGAAGCCAGGCAUCAGUGUCAUUGGCUCCGACUCCCAGCAGGCAACAGUGUUGCUCCUGGCCAAUCAGAACAUGAUGCAGCAUCAGUCAAAAAAUGACCCUAUCAGUCUCAUGCUUGCAUGAAAAAUUCAAGUGUUUGCUUCACCAAGUGCUUAGUCCAACUGCCACUUGUGUGUCCAUUUUGGAGCUGUAUUUAAGAUGGAUGGGGACGUGUGAUGUAUAUUGUGGGCUAGUUAGCACAAGUCUGACAAAUUGUGGAUUUUGGAUGUGAUGCCUUUCUCAAAUUGAGAUAAUCAAUUGCUAAGACUGCUCAGUCACCAGAAGACUGCUUUUUCAUGCCUUUGGGCCCCAAUGAUGCUGCCAGCUAGAUUAUAGCAGUUUUCAUGGACCAAUCAAUAUUCUUGUAUUGGAGCUUCACUAUAGACCUUUUAAAUUUUAGGCUGAUACUCACCUGUAUCCCUUUUUUGUUUCUUUUUGUUCAAAAUAUAGUGUUUUGUACACUAAUGAAGUAGGGCUUAAUGCUACUUCUAAUUAUAAUAUUUUUAUUUUCUGUCAGCAUUAUAACAUGUUCUGUAAUACUAUAUGGGGAGUCAGUAAGUCCACAUUGUUGUUUUGUUCUCUAACCAAUAACAGUUCAUUCACGUGUUAACAUUGUAUAAGGCCUUAUUUUGUAUAGUUGUCAGUUAAAGUUUGUCAAUGCUUUUGUACAAAGGCUCCUAUCUCAACACCAUCUCAAUAUAGAAUUUAUAAGUACUGAGUUAGUAUCAAAGUGUCACCAAAGCAUUGUUGGUGUGAAGUCUUCCAUGGUGACUGUUUUUGCGAUGUUCUUACUGCAUUUCUUUACAUAUCCCUUCCCCUCCCCCCAUUUUUUCGUUUUUGUUAAGAAGCAUCCACAAGAGACUUAAGAGUUGCUUUGUAGACACCUAGUGAGGAUGAAAAUGACCUGUGUGUAUGGACUGUUUUUCUAACUUAAAGCUGCAUUGUAUUGUUUUUGUUUGUCAAUUACUUUUCAUUGCAUGCAUGCUUUGUGCAUUAACAUGAAAAUUUUGUGAUUGAAAGGACUCAGAAAGGAAUGAAUUUUGAAUGAAUAUUUUUAUUAGUGCCCAUUUUGUUUUCUUGUGAAAAGAUAAUUGAGGAAUAACUAUUUUGUAUACAAUGUUUAAACGUAUGAUAAGUAGGCAUUGUUAAACACAUUUCAUAUAUCACUUAGAAAAUGACAUACAACAACUUGUGCUCACAUAUAGCUCAAAAUUUGUGUACUAUCUUGAAAUGGAGACUCAAGAUCCUGUAAUCCUGUACAACUUGCUGUGCAUUUCCAGGUCAUGUUCAUUACCUUCUUAUUUUCUUGUUUAGCAGUGCUGUGGGUUUCAAGUAACUUAUAGAUUUAUUGAAAACUACCGACAAUGGACCACACUAAAAUGAUUCAGACACAGUCUUGUUUGAUACACCACUGUCUUGAACUUGACAACCAAUGUGAACUCUCUGAUUGUGAGCUAUUUAUUUUGAUACGAUUGAGCACAAAUCUGUUUGUGAUAAAGGUGCCUUUGUAAUUUCGGUCUUUUUAUACUGAUUUUUCAGGAUUUGUGCCCACAGAGAUUGUUAGAUGUGCCAGUUUGAAUAUUAACUUCUGGUCCUUGAGAGCAAUAAUUUUUUCAACGAGUCUAAUAAUUGUAGUUUUUGUCACUUCUUGUUCUCUCAACCUAUUUCAAAGAGCCGUGUUCUAAUGUGAGUAUGUUAAAUGUGACUUAAUAUAUGAUUGGUAUCAGCUUUGAUGUAGAUGCUAGUUUGUAAUAUGCACUUUUUGUACCUUCAAAAUCUUUAUUGCCAAUUUAUAUGGUACCAUUGGUUUGUUGACAAUUGGCUAUGCAAUAGAGUAUUCCACUUAAAACUUGAGUAAUGUUUGCAAAUUGGGGAAGGGCAUCAUUCUGUGAUUGUUUAUUAGAGUAUGAGUGGUUUGUCCAAAACAAAUGUCCUGCAGUAGUGUCAGAUCCAAGUUGGUAAGAACAGUAUACAUAGCUUGUACAUUUUCUGCCAAGUUACUAAUUAUGGCAAUCUAGUUUUUACAGUUGUGUGUAUUCUGUCAGUCACUUGCUUGGGUUUGCAAUUUCGCUUUAGAUUGAUGUUGAUAUGACAUGUUAGGAAAUGGUUUUCAAGCAACGCUCUUAUCAAUGCAAUCUUCACCGAAAUUUAUCAUAGCAAGUUACACUUGCGAGAGAUGCAAGACUGAACUGAUUGGAUUAGAUUAGAUGUCAGAGUGCCUAAUGACAUGUAACAUCUAAGUAAUGGGCUAAUGUUUAAGAGACAGCCCCCUUGCUGUAUCAGUACCUUCAUUUUUGUUAAUUUGCACUGUAACUUCUUAUAGUCCUAAUUAUUUGUUACUAAGUUAAGAAGUGUCUGCAGACAUUUCUAAUAUAUUAAGUGUAAUGGCACUCCUUUAUUUAAACAGCUUCUUAGGUUUGUUUCAACUUUACAGCAGCAAAGUUAGCUCAAGGCUUGGAUUUCAUUAAAAUUUAUUUCUUUGUUUGGGUUAUUUUCGUUUGGGUCUCUGUGUGUGUGUGGGUUUUGUUUUUCACUGGUAUUUGCCAAAAUUCUGUGACCUUCAGAUACUUUUUAUACCAAGCGUACCUGACCAAAUAGUGUGAAUACAUAAUUAGCUCUUGGCUGAAUGAAACUUCAAUUCUAAACAGGACUCAAGCUAUUUGCUAAAGUGAUAACAAAAUUUUGCUCAUGUAUGUUAAAUUUGUCAGUUAGUGAAGUAGUAAGGAGAAGCACAUGCCUUCAUGUGGAUAUUCCAAGUGAUUAUGAAUGAAAAUCUUAUGUUGUAGUUUUCCUAGCUUCUUAACAACAGACACAGUAUUUAUAAUCAACUAAACCCCUUGAUGGGCUGUAGUACAUUUUACACUCUGAACUGCUGAAAGGUUGGAAACAAAUUUCUGUGAUCAAGUAUAUAAGGUUUUUAUUUUUUCCUUUUUCUUUAUAAGGUCAAAUCUUAAGGUCAGCAUGCCCAGCGAAGUACUGCUUAAUUGAUGCAAACCUUUCCUUUUGUAUUCUUUCGACUGCCAUUGGUCUGCAAGGUUUGCAUUAAUCAGUCUUCUAUUUUUGGUGUUCCAGCCAAGUUCACAAGACAGUCACCUUAUUGGUGUCACACAACUGACAUGCUCAGGGCUUUGCUAAAUCCUCAGCAUGACAGUUGUGUGACUUACAUUAAGAAUUACUUUAAAUGUGUCUUUGCCUAUUUAUGCAGAACAUUCUUGUGUAAUAUUUAUGGCAAUGCCACCCUUCGGGGCUGUGUAUAAAAUUUAUUACUAACUAAACUUUGGUAGUUCCUUCUAAUGUUAAAUUGUUACUCUCAUUCAUGGGGAUGCUUAAAAAUACUCUUAGGAUUAUUGAGGUGCUAUGUUCAAGUAAUCUUUCUGCAAUGAAGAAUUCAAUGGUUUCUAAGAAUGUUGGCUUUAAUCUUUUUGUUUCAUUUAAACGAACAUUAUUUUCUUUUGGCACCUGGGAGUGUGAGAUGUGUGCAUCACAAUGUAAAUGCUUUCUUUUAUUUACCCUUAUUAACAUUACCCAUGUUAAUUUCUUUUUGAACACUUCCUUCUUUUUCUGUUUCCCCAACUUCUUGUUCAGCUACUUGCUGGUUAGAUUUGCUGAAUUACAUUUAAUUGUGAAUAUUUACUUAUGUAUAUACUACUUGUCUAUUGCUGAGAUGUAAGUGAUGUCUUCCACUUGCUGAAUCUUACUACCUUGCCAUAUCUGUUUGGUUGCUUUGGUAUUGAUGUUUUCAUGUUGUUUCAUUUUUUGAUUUUCUGCUCGUUCAGUAUGUUUUCUUCAAUCAUUAUCCCCUAAUGGUGGGUAGGUUUUCUUGUUGCUUUAUUUAUAAUCUUAAAUAAGAGGAUUGUUGCUUACAGCUAUUAUAGGCUGUCUUCUAAUUCCUCUACUGCUUACUCAACACUUGGGCUGAGCAUGGAAGGUCAUGACAUUCCUUUAAUCAUUUAAAAUUUCCAUUUAUAAUUGUAAUUGUAGUCUUAAGUUACUGAAUUAAUGCUGCAACUUGUAGCUCUUUGAUCUGGAGGAUGGUUUGACAUGGAGAAAAUACUUGCAAACAUUAGAUUAGUUGAUCACAUACAGAGCAUGUCCAAUACGCAGUAAGUUGUAGCCAUCUCUUUCCUCUAAUUGUAAAAAAAAAAUUGUUUACUUUUUAUCCUGUUUGCAUGUUUACUGGAGAACCAGAGAUGGCCUUAUGCUUUCUGUAGGCCUCUGUCCAAUAAUUUAUGUGAUACAUCAUGUCUGAAAUUCUGGGUUCAACAUUCAAUUUAAACAGUCUGACACACUCUGAAGUAACUCCAAAUUUAUUAUUAUUAUUCAACUUAGUAAUUUCUACUCAAAAUGGGAUGUCAUGUUUAUGCUGUGGUGGGGUCCGACUCGUGUAACAUAAAUCAAAAAUAGUUUUGGCAAUACUCUAAAUGUUUCUUAUUAUUUUAGAAUUACUUAUUUUGAUAUUGUGCCAUGUACAGCCUUACCUCAGUUGUUGUCUUCAUUUGAGAAUGUCCCUCCUUAACUUACAAACUAAACUGACCUGUUGAUUUGCAAGUAUAUUUUUUCAUACCUAAUCUAUUGCGGAUUGCCAGUGGACGAUUGUGUAUAAUUUAUUACCUUAUUACCUUAUUAAGUUGAACCCAUACCCAUAGUACUACAGUAUUUCCACUAUUGUAUUUUUUAUUUUUUGUAACAUGAAAACUAAGAAUAAAUUUGUACUUCUUUACAAUGAUA